AUGGCGACCACCGAGGAAAAACAGCCUCCACACGAUGUCAACUCUCCAGAGAACUCGUUGACGGAUACCAACACGCUUGAUCUCCCACCUUCGUGGAAAUACAAGCGCUUUACCGUCGCCGGUUUCAAGUUGCCAUGGUUUGCAUCACCACCUGUCCAACUGGUCAUUGUUUCUCUCGUUUGCUUCAUGUGUCCGGGCAUGUUCAAUGCUCUGAAUGGCAUGGGUGGUGGUGGCCAACUUGACGCAACCGCGAACAACCGGGCCAACACGGCGUUGUACUCGACCUUUGCUGUUGUCGGCUUCUUUGCCGGCACCUUUACGAACAAGCUUGGCAUCCGCACCUCUCUGUCUUUUGGCGGUGUCGGAUACUCCAUCUAUGUUGCCUCUUACCUAUGCUACAACCACACACAGAAUCUGGGCUUCACCACAUUCGCUGGUGCACUACUUGGAGUAUGCGCUGGUCUGCUUUGGUGUGCGCAGGGAGCCAUAAUGAUGUCUUACCCACCAGAAGACUCCAAGGGCCGUUACAUCUCAUGGUUCUGGAUGAUAUUCAACUUGGGUGCUGUCAUUGGUAGUCUGAUCCCAUUGGGUCAGAAUAUUCACACCAAGACUGCCGGUACAGUCAACGACGGUACCUACAUCGGCUUCCUUGUCCUCACCAUCCUCGGUGCCGCUCUCGCUUGGACUCUGGUCGACGCGAAAGACGUCAUUCGUGACGAUGGAUCAAAAGUUAUCGUCAUGAAACACCCUUCUUGGAAGUCGGAGAUCGUUGGUCUUUACCAAACCUUCUUCACCGACCCGUACAUUAUCCUUCUGUUCCCCAUGUUCCUCGCAUCUAACUGGUUCUACGCGUACCACUUCACCGAGAUCAAUGCUGCAUACUUCAACGUCCGCACCCGCGCGCUCAAUGGUGUUGUCUACUACAUCAUGCAGAUUGUCGGCGCCUACGUCUUUGGGUAUGCGCUGGACAUCAAGGGCAUCCGCCGAACAACCCGUGCUAAGGCUGUAUGGGCUGUACUUUUCGCGACCAUCAUGAUCAUCUGGGGUUUCGGUUACAUGUUCCAGAAGACCUACGACCGUGCCUGGGCAGAAGACGAGACAAACGAGAAGAAGGACUGGUCUGACUCAGGUUACGCUGGUCCCUUUGUUCUCUACAUGUUUUAUGGCUUCUCCGAUGCCGCUUGGCAAACCUCAGUCUACUGGUUCAUGGGCGCCCUGACAAACAACAGCCGUAAGCUCGCCAACUUUGCUGGUUUCUACAAGGGUAUUCAGUCUGCUGGAGGUGCCAUUACAUGGCGUAUGGACGACACUAAGGUCGCCUACAUGACAAUGUUUGCCAGCAACUGGGGAUUGCUUGCCGGCAGCCUGAUUAUUGCUCUUCCCGUAAUUCUCUGGAAAGUCGAAGACACUGUCGCCAUUGAGAAGGAUGUCGCUUUUACCGACGAGACAGUCGCGGAAGUCGCUCCUAAGGCAAUCGUCCACACAGCGCAUAGCGAUGCUGAGAAGGUCUAG